UUUAAGCUUUCACAAGUUCUAGUUAAAUUUCCUCUUGUGAUAAUUUCGCUAUAUCAAGUUCCAAAGAUCUUCAGUGACGUCGCUGAAUAUAUCUAGCUCUCCGGGUUUUCACCGAGCCUUACUGUAAGACCGUAAUCAAAGACGCCGCACUUAGCUCGGCAUCUUAGUCUACGGGGUUAACUCGCUCGGUUUGUUUCUCUUACACCCAAACUCACAUUUCGCCGCGGCUCGCAUUCAUAGAAUCCUUCUAGUAUACUACCAAGUUAGAAAAUCCCCUUAGGAACCCGAUCGGGUUCUUCCUCUCUUUCGUAUAGACGUCGGCGUCAGCAAUCCGGUAGUAUACCGGUUCUAAGUAACGCAAGGCAUUGUGGCGCUUCGGAAACCCUCUACCGGACGUUCAUCAAUUGUCGCUUACUCACUGUACAUAGCCAUACAUGCAUACCAUUAUGCUAGGAGGUAUACCACGCCAAUAUGGAGAAGGGUGAAAGUCCCGCAUCGUCUUCGGUAUAUAAAGAGGUUGAGAUGGAAGCCAUCAUGGAAGAGAUUUGCCCUCACCAUCGGCAUCACCAGUCAACUAAGCAAAGAUACCAAUAAGAACAUCAUAGCCUUUUCAUCAGCUUCUAAGAAUAAUCUAUAAAGAGUCUUAAGACUUGUUCUCGCUUCAAUAAAAAACUUGAACUGUCCUUGAUAUCCGAACCUAAAUCGAAUAUCAGUAACACUUACAACAUGAGCAACGAAGUCCAGUCCAUCGAGCAAUUCGACUUUAUCGUCGUCGGAGGAGGUACUGCCGGUUGCGCCGUCGCCGGCCGUCUAGCUGAAUCUCCCAAUGUCCGCGUCCUGGUCAUCGAGGCCGGUAUUAGCAACCCGAAGGACAUCGACGCCAUUACGACGCCGGCUCGGGCCUUCGAGCUGCGCGACAGCAAGUAUGACUGGGCCUACAAGACAACCAUGAUCGACCGUCCCGACUACACACGUGUCGAGAAGCCUAACACGCGCGGUAAGACCCUUGGUGGUUCUAGUUGUCUCAACUAUUACACUUGGAUCCCCGGCUCGGCCGGAACCUUCGACGAUUGGGCUCCCUACGGCGGAGACGAGUGGAAAUGGGACAAUAUCCGGAAGUACCUUUAUAAGCCGGCGACCUACCACGACGACAGGACCCUGUUUAGUGAGGAACUGAAGUACAUCGGUACAGAUGGCCCCAUUCCCGUCUCCCAUUCCGACCUGGUUCCUGAGAUAAAGGGCUUCCGAGAUGCCCUGACCAAGGCGUGGACCAGCAAAGGCGGAGAGCUGACAGACGACGUCCACAACGGUACCAUGCGCGGUCUCUGGAAAUGUACCAAUAGCAUUUACAAUGGUAAGCGUUCCUCGAGCUGGCUUUACAUCGAGGGCAAGACGAACGUCACCGUACUUUCCAGCACCAAUUCCAAGCGCCUACUUAUCGACGCCGCCACGAAGAAAUGCGUCGGUGUCGAUGUGAUCCUGCCCUCAGGUGAGACGCACAGCUUCGAGGCCAAAUACGAAACCAUCGUCUCAUCUGGUGUGUUUGAGAGCCCGAAGUUGCUUAUGCUCAGCGGAAUUGGCCCAAAGGCUGAACUGGCUAAGUUCAACAUCGAGACAAUCGUCGAUUCGCCACAUGUCGGCCAGAACCUCCUAGACCACCCUAUCCUCCCGCACGUCUUCCGUAUCGAGGACGGCAACGGGUUUGACCAGCACCUCCUCAGGGCCGGUCUCGAGCACGAUGCGGCUGUCAGUUCUUACCGAUGGAGGAACCAAGGCCCCUACACUUCCGGUCUACUCGAGCUAGUCGGCCUCCCGCGUAUCGACGAGCGCUUGAUGAAGUACCCCGAGUACGUAGCCGCCAAAGAAGCCAACGGGGGCCUCGACCCCUUUGGUCCCGCGGGCCAACCGCAUUUCGAAAUCGACUUCGUCCCCAUGUUCAGCGACGCCUUCCAGUGGCACAUCCCGACCCCGCCCAGAGGGGACUACAUGACGGUCAUCGUGGACCUGCUGCGCCCCCAGAGCCGUUCAGGUACGGUGGAGCUCAACAGCGCCGACCCGCUGGUGCAGCCCAAAAUCAACCUGAACUUCUUCGCCGAAGACCUGGACGUCCUGGCGAUGCGCGAGGGCGUCCGCUGGGUAGACGACGUGCUGAUGAACGGCGAGGGCAUGCGCGACAUGAUUCGCGAGGACUACCCGUGGCCGAUGCCGCGGACCUCGGACGCGGCGAUGGACAAGAUGAUCCUCGAGCGCUCGCAGACGGGCUUUCACCCCUGUGGAAGCACACGCAUGGCACCUAGCAUCGCCGAGGGCGUCGUCGAUGGUAAGCUCAAGGUGUUUGGUGUUGAAAACCUGAGGGUCAUCGAUGCGUCUGUCAUCCCGGUGAUCCCAGAUUGUCGUAUCCAGAACUCGGUCUAUGCGAUUGCCGAAAAGGUAUGUAUUGCCGAGCGAACGCGCCUCUUCUUUGGGCUUGUAGCUAAUCGAGCGGUUGUAGGGCGCUGAUAUGAUCAAGGCCGAGCAUCCAGAGUUAUACGCUUAGGUCUUUUUCUCUAAUGGAUGGGACAUGUCGCCUUUGAAUAAGAGUAUGGUGGAUGAGAGUUAAGAAGUUGCUGGCUCAAGUUUGCGUUAACUAUGAUGAACCAUGACUGAUGCAUAACAGCGAGUCUGGAGAGAGAGAGAGAGAGAGAUGAAGGGAGGAGGAUUCCACUUGGUGGAUAUUACUACUAUCUUUUGAUUUCAAUACUUUGUAGUCGAUACCUGUUUAUUUUCAUUCUUCUCUUCACUCGAAUCUUUACUCUGUAUGAUCUUAUUCUUCGUCUUACUUCCAGGAUAUCCUUUGAUCCUUUGAGCCGUUGAAACAUGAGAUGAAAGGCGUGUCAAUAGUGCCGCCCGGCUCCGUCAGAUGUCGGCGUGAUGCUUUAAGCGUUUGCAGCCGUGGUCUCUUUCCACACCCUUGAAUUAGAUUGACCCGUACCCACGCUGUUGGUAAUACCGCCAACAUGGUUCUGAGCCCCUAUGUACAUUGGACAUAUGUACAUACAUACAUACCUACAUACACAGAUAUCCACCAAGGGCCACUAUCAAUGAUACGGGAUUCUCUCGAGCCAUGGAAGACGAUCG